CUUAAAAUAGGUUCCCGUCCCUGGAUGGCUUUACUAAAGUAUAACGAAAGUAUGACUUGUGGCGGUACACUUAUUACAAAUCGCUUUGUGCUCACAGCUGCUCAUUGCGUGAAGGACCAAAAACUUACAUCUGUAGUUUUGGGAGAGCACAUAAGAAAUUCUGUAAAAGACUGCAAUCGCCAUAAGAAUCGCAUUGUCUGCUCAGAUCCGAUUGAAGAAUUUAAUAUCGAGCGCGUCUUUGUGCAUGAAAACUCUAAGCGACAGCAACAUGAUAUAGCGCUUAUCAAACUGGCGCGAGCUGUUGUUAUUAAAUCCCAUAUCAAGCCCAUCUGCUUGCCAUUAACAAAUGAAUUACAAGAGCCCGAAUCUACGAAAUCGCUUUAUGUUACUGGUUGGGGCGUAACUGAGCGAGGACGAGAAUCAGCUGAACUUCGUGAAUCUUAUAUAUAUAAGGUGCCGCGCAGCGACUGCAUUGCAGCCUUAAAUAAUACCCGAGGCUUCGAUAUGACUGCAAUCGAUUCAAAUAUUAUCUGUGCUGGCGAUACUCGAGGAGAUUCAUGCAAAGGCGACUCUGGAGGUCCACUGUCGUAUGUUACGUAUAUUCAAGGCAGGCAAAGAUUUGUGCAAUGUGGCAUUGUGUCUUACGGUUACGAUAGCUGUUAUAGGGGUACACCAAGUGUCUAUACAAAUGUGGGAAAAUAUAUACAAUGGAUCGCUGAGAAAUUAGUCGCAACAUAACUUCACUUGAAUUGAAACAUUGCAAGCUGAUAAAAGAAUGUUAAAUAAAUUAUAACAAGCACUGUCGCGAUCGUAUCAAAAAUAAAAUGCAUUGAGAAGUGCAGAGAAGAGAAUAUAUUGCCCCUGUUAUUAUUUUAAGACUUAGACUCUAACAUUUAUGUGGGUGCAACUCAGUUGAAAUUAAAAGCGAUA